AUCGCGAAUGACUCAGCUCGACGUGCCUGUCAUGGUGGGGUAAAGAACAAUCUUCUCUGGUAUAUUGCAACUUUUCUUUUUUCUUAAGAGGUGCCUAUACCUACUAUUGCAGGGGUUGAUUACAAAAGACUCUAUUACAAUUACCGGGCAGCCUUCACACUAUGCCUACGGUCCAUCUGCUAGAUUACGUCGCCGGAAAUGUCCGCUCUCUGGUCAAUGCGAUCAACAAAGUCGGCUAUGAGGUCGAAUGGGUCAAGUCUCCAAGUGAUCUAAAGAAUGCAGAGAGACUUAUUCUACCAGGUGUCGGGCAUUUCGGCCAUUGCCUAUCUCAGCUAUCCGAGGGGGGCUACUUGGAACCGAUAAGGCAGCACAUAGCUUCGGGGAAACCAUUCAUGGGAAUUUGUGUUGGCUUACAAGCGCUUUUUGAAGGAUCUGAGGAGGACUCAAAUGUUCCAGGCCUGGGGUUGAUCCCGGUGCGGAUGCAAAAGUUCAAUGCUGAGUCAAAAAGCGUACCCCACAUAGGCUGGAACUCUGCCAUAGACACCAAAAUCGGGACUUUUGGGGAUCAAACCUUCUAUGGAUUGGAUCCAAGCAGCAAGUACUACUAUGUCCACUCUUACGCGGCUCGCUACACUCCCGGGAUUCUUGAGGGGAAUGGCUGGUCAGUUGCUACUGCUACUUAUGGUGAUGAAGAAUUUAUCGGUGCUAUCGCGCAAGAAAAUAUUUUCGCCACGCAAUUUCACCCGGAGAAAAGUGGUCAGGCUGGGUUACGGACUAUCAGCGCUUUCCUGAAUGGUGACCGUUUUCAGAAACUUACCCCUCAGGCUUCGCUCUCCUUGGAGAAGAAAUAUGGGCUGACGCGUAGAAUUAUCGCCUGUCUCGAUGUGCGCACUAAUGAUUCUGGAGAUCUUGUCGUUACAAAGGGUGAUCAGUAUGAUGUCCGUGAGAAGGACGGUGUGGAUACCGGCGGUCAGGUCAGGAAUCUGGGAAAGCCCGUUGAUAUGGCGAAGAAAUAUUACGAACAAGGGGCUGACGAGGUUACGUUUCUGAAUAUUACGUCCUUCAGGAAUUGCCCAGUUGCAGACGCACCAAUGCUGGAAAUUCUCAGGAGGACUUCGGAAACUGUCUUCGUGCCAUUGACAAUUGGAGGCGGUAUCAAAGACACUAUCGAUACUGACGGUACUCAGGUAUCGGCUCUUGAUGUGGCAACAAUGUAUUUCAAGUCCGGUGCUGAUAAGGUCAGCAUUGGCUCGGAUGCGGUCAUUGCAGCGGAGGAGUAUUACAAGGCUGGGGAAAAACUGACCGGUAAAACGGCUAUAGAGUCGAUAUCAAAGGCAUAUGGUAACCAGGCUGUGGUCGUGAGCGUGGAUCCGAAGCGUGUAUAUGUGACCAGGCCAGAGGAUACCAAGCAUCAUACAAUCAGGACAAAGUACCCAAAUGCUGCCGGCCAGGCCUUUUGUUGGUACCAAUGCACUAUCAAAGGUGGCCGAGAGUCGCGAGAUCUUGAUGUCCGGCAAUUAGCGAAGGCUGUUGAAGCGAUGGGUGCCGGUGAACUCCUACUAAAUUGCAUCGACAAGGAUGGAAGCAAUAGCGGGUUUGACCUUGAAUUGAUCAGUGAUGUGAAAGCCGCUAUCAACAUACCAGUCAUUGCCUCCAGCGGGGCCGGCAAACCGGCACAUUUUGCAGAAGUCUUUGGAAAUACCACAACAGAUGCAGCUUUAGGUGCUGGCAUGUUCCACCGAGGCGAAUAUACUGUCAGCGAUGUCAAGAAUUACCUGAGUGAAAGCGGGUUCCUUGUCCGCAAAUCCGAAUGAGGGCAGUUAAAAUCAUGGCUGUUACGAGUGUCCCUACAUAUGAGAAUAGAUAUGUGGUCAUAACUGAAGGCUAUGUGAUGUUGUACUGGUGUCCAUGUCAUGUGGAUUAUGCAGGCAUGUUUUGGGCCAUCUAAAGAGGCAUAUAAUGAUUUUCCAAACCCACUGGGCGCGACGUAUGCAAUUAGUAUAUAGAGGCCGAAUCCUACAUAAAGCAAUGAGCGUCGUCUGCAUUCUCGGUGGCCAGCAAGUCGUAAGGGCGUGCCCUCCGAGGUAGUGCCCUCAUGUAUGACAUUUAUAUUGCC